GCUGACUACGAGGGAGCUUUUCGCGCGAUUUUCCGGGCCUCGACUCAUCUGACCCGCGGUGUACCAUUCGGUGUCUUGUGCCCGCACGAACUCCAAGACAAGCGCCUCUUGGACAAAACGGGCUCUUUCAACAACAGAGUUUCCCUCGCAUCUUCCCCGUUACUCUCAAGAUUCCGCUCAAAACAAGCACAAAUAAAUCGCGUCAGAGUCAAGUGUUGUCUGCUGGAACUUUUGCAGAGUCCGUGCCCACGUGAGCCCAUGUGGAAGAUACCGUCAACCGCCCCGAUUUUUAAUGCUCUGUCGCGGCGCCCGUGUUUUCCGCCACAUCACGCUUCAUUUGCAUACACGAGUCCAGUGGGGUGGCGGAUACACCAUUCAUACGGAGCUUGAUGCUGCGACCUUUAGCAUUCAUGGAAGCCCAUCGGCAUGCCUGUUAGCUUCUUGCAUAUCCGUAAGCAAGACUCCGUCUGCUCUUCCCUGCAGCUGUGCCAUGGUGAGGGCGACACUCAUCCACAUUUCUGCAUGUGAAUGGUGAGCGCCUCUUGCCUGUUUCCAGCGAUUCUCAGCUUUUUUCCGUAGCUUCGGCUUGCCAAUUGACUCUUUGAAAAAAUGACGAGAACAGACACUCUGCACAUGGUUAGUGCAGUGGACGCAUUUCCUCGUAUGCGCCUCUGCGAACCCCGGAGCAGGUGAGUUCCUGCCGGCCUCGGGUCCGUUGCCUUUUCCCUUUUCGAGGGUCUUUGCCUUUUGGGAUGUCGCGACUCUGAUAAAUUGUCGCAACCGCACUUCUCCGUUCUUCACUUCUUCGUUUCUCGCCGUCUCUCCAAGUGUCUCCGCUUUCUUCAGCAUGUCCGUCACUCACCCGGGUCUCCCCGAUGUUCCUUUGCCGCCCCUGCUGAGUGCUGGGCAAAUUCAGGGGCGCUGCGAAAGUGCAUUGGCUUUCAGAGCUGCGCACCAAGAUGAAAAUGACGACUUCCUCAUACCUGCAAAGGCGGUCGCUGGCAGCGAGAGCUGCCCCGGCACCUGUAGCGACAGCCUUGAAAAACGACGGCUCCUUGCGUGUUCGGGGUCGCGCGGACAGCAGACCGAGACAUAUGCACAGACAACGCACUCAGAAGAGACAGGAGAGAAUCAACGGGCAGACUUUCCGCCGGUUCCCCUUCCCGCUGAGUCGACACCCGAGACCGAGGAUCUGCUUCUACUGAAGACCGUGAAUUCACUUCUCCGAGAGGUUUCCUCACGAUGUGCUCAGUACAGCAGCGCGCGUCAUCGUGCGAAAAAGAAGGUGAGAGACGCGGAGGUAGUCUAUCAGGGAGACACCUGCGACGCAGCUGUCUUUUCCACAAGUAGCACGGGACUCCAGGCAGAGACAGUUGCGGCAACAGACAAUCAGGCUCUGCCUCCGUUUGUCACUAGUGCAAAGUCGAGGAAUCGGCGGAAAAAUAAUACGGAAAACCGAGUCCAACAGGCUCUGGCGAGCAACGCAUCGCCUAGAGAGCACCCCAGUCAAUCUGAAGCUGCUGUGAGUCGCCUCCCAGAUCACCUGACGGACUUUAAACACGAGGUCCCGCCUCGAGAAGCAAAGAUCCAGUGUGAGAAACCAAGAUACACGCCUGGAGCUUCUGGUCCACUUGAUACGAAUGCACCUGGUUUCGACUCGCGGAAGGCCGUCCAUGCUUCGGCUGGAAACCUGCUGGGUUCUUCUGCUGCUCUGUCGCACCUAGAAACCCAGUCCCUGCUCCAGGCCUCCGGCAAAGUUCUGAGGCUGUUGCUGUCCUCUGAAAACCAAGGCGGCUGCGAUUUGUGCCCCGACGCGCCAGCCACAGUCUCCAACGACUGCGGAAGGCAUGCCCUCGAAGCCCGCGUUCCCCGACUUCAAAUGAUGCACCUUUCUUCCGGGGGAGAAAGAAGGUCCGAGCAGGCGCGGAAAACUACGAAGGCAACGGUCCCAAGAAGUUUGAGGCCACAGGCAAAAAUGGCUUCUUCCGAGCAGAAGAGGGCCGCGGCUUUGACUGCUGAGCCCAGCGAUCGAGAAAUCUGCCCGCAUGAACAGAGGACAAAUUCUCCGGACGAUCUCUCUGGAAAUCGAAGCUGUCGGAGGGCCCGGAGUCGGACGCUGCGCUACUGCACCAGCACGACGUUCCUCCGUUCUGAGUGGUGUGAGAGACAGCUGAACUCGGACCCAGCCCUGCAUGCAGACUCAGAGACAACGACCAACUGUUAUUGGAAGGCCUCCAACGCUUGCGGCCGGAUGCCCCAGAGAGGUGUUUUGCCGUCUCCAGAAUGGCCACAAGACACCACAGUGCCGGCCUCGCUAGUGGAGCUCCAGAUGGAGGCGAAAGCGCAGAUGCAUUGUGCCUGCGUCCCCACAUCAGACGAAGCCACAGAAAAGGCUAUGGCAGCCGAUAAGGUAGUCGCUGAGGAAAGAGUCACAAGUCAGAGUGACGAACUCUCACUUGAGGUCCCGGAAAAGGAACCGUGUCCUCCCGUCUCGCCUGACGGUGUCGAACAUGUCCCGGCGACUUUAGCCCUCUCGGCUUCGUCUUCGUCAUCGGUUGCUGCUUUUGAGCAGGAGAAGGCUCUCUCCUGCAACGAGGAGAAACAACAUGAUCUCGGGAUUUUCACAGGUCAAGUGUCUCUUCCUUCUUGCCGCCCACAACAUUUGUUUCUGUCUCCCGCUCACGUUCUCAAAGGUCCGGCGUCCCCGACGUCUGAUUCGUCGGCUUCCCCGUCGCCUCUGACUCCGCCUGUUCCACAAAUGGAGGACUCGAGCGAUGUCCGGAUUUCGUUUGAGGAAAACGACACCAGAACUCCGUCACCGGGGUCAGAGACGACGGUGCAAUCUCUCUCUCUCUUCUCAGACGACUGGGUUCAGCCGAGAGCUCCGCCUAAGCCUGUGUCACCUGUCCACUCCAUCCCAACACCUAUCCUGCCUGAGCUCUCUCCAGGACGCGGUACGCCUUCACCUCAGGACUGGCACCAAGGACUCGCGUUUCAGACGUCCACCGCCUCUGCGUUCUGCUGGUCAGCGUCUUCAGGUUCCUUGCGCCGUCGUCGACAUGCGGGUGGAAGGCGUUCCGAGUCUGGAAGUAUUCCUUGUUUUUCCUCGCGUCCCCCAGCAGCGAAUUGCACAGCUUCGACUCCUGACUCUCGUUCUUCCUCUUCUUGUCGACGGGCUGUUCGUCACGCUUCUCGUCAUUCUUCCGUUUAUCACAAGACUUCCUUUUUGCGCUCUGGGUCACAAGAAAGCUUGUGUGCUGACUUGUCGCUAGACUCACCCUGUUCGUCCGGGCAAUUCAGAGAGGGUCUCCUGUCUCCGAAGGUGGAUCCGGCUGUCCUGCCGCGACGUGAGGCUGCGAGAGCAGCUGUGGUCUUGUCACCAAAUGAAUGCAGUCCUCUUCCGGAGACGCGAAAAAGUCGUGCAGAGCUUUCGUUUCCUCGAAGAUUGUCACUGCAUUCUCCGAAGACGUCUCGCAGUGUCUCAAAGUCGACCCGCGAAGGCACCACAACCAGCACAGCCAGUGACCACAAGAGCGACGACGCUCUUCUGUCCCUCCCUAGACUUCGUUCACAGCAGAGCAUUUGUCGCGGAAGAGAAAGGAGCGACGCUGGAGUUUCAGCUCUCGUUAUUAACGAGGUCACCGAGGGACAUAACACGGUGAAAGGAAAGCGAGGAAGCACGCGCUUGUCGGUGCAUCCUGACAAGCGACGCCAGAUUCACGGCGAAACGCGACCUGCCGAGACGGCCAACUGGAGCCUCUGGGAUGGUGAUUUCAAUUUCGAAGAACGAACUCUUAGCAUGGGAAUGCGGCCGUCGCUUAUAGAACCGGAAGAGAAACGCAAACAGAUCCAAGAUACAGACAGAGCCCAGGCAGCAGGAACGGUUCUUUCUCUCGUUGAGGCGGAAAGGGGGUCGCGAGGGUGUGAAGCCUCCACGAAGACCCGGAUGCCUUGUUCAACGUCUGGGUGGAAUCAGAGUGCAUGCCCCGAAUCAGAAUCCCUUGCCCAAGGCCAGGUAAUGGUACCAGGUGGUUCUCGAACAGUGAGCAAGGAACACAGAGAACCUACGGCAGAGGCUGACCCUGCAUGCAGAGUCGCAAAUCCACAGCAGGCGAUACGGGCGAACGAGGAGCUGCGCACCUCGAUGGACAUCCUGAGCGACCUUGGCAGAACACACCACAUGGAUGUACCAACAGCCACAUGCGUCCCUUCUGAUCCACUGUCAGCAGGAAAUCGCGAAGAGGAAAUGGAUGGCGGCUCCGCUUGCGAACGGUUCACGCGAAACGGCUUCGUCGGAGAAUGCCAUGGGGAGCAGAACGAUAGCCCUGUGCCUUCGCAAGCUGGUCGUGAGGCAGGACCGACAGGUUUAUCUCCUUUAGAUUCUUGCGAACGCGAGCAGCGAUCCGGUCAUAUCCAGCAAGGCGGGACGCAAGAACAGUUCUCAAAGCCAACGCAUGGACAGGUGCUUUCGGCCGCACUUACGGAUGGACGCACAUUCGCUGAAACCAGGCCCGGCAUCCGACGUGCAGCGCGUCUUCCAUGCCCUGGGGAGGUCGACGUGACUCCUGAAAGUCCGACCUGCGACAGCAAGGAUCUCCCGAUACCUCAAGCCCCCUGUAGAUCGAGUGAAGGACUUCACGGGGGUAUUACCAGCGGUGUGUGUGGGUGGAGACCGGCAGUGCAGGUUCGCCGCCCUCGAGAGGAAAGUGCAAGUCCUUCCCAUGUUGCGGCUAGCGAUCGUCGUCAUUUAGUGGCAGACAUCUCUCAGGGUGCUGGAAGGCAAACACACAACCCGGACUGUCAGCAGUGUCACGAUUUCCUGGCGUAUGGUGUUUCUCGGCAAUAUGACGCACCGUUUUUGCAUCCAGAAAGUCACGUUGCUCCCCCGAAACUCGCUCCAAAAUGCCAUCCCCCCUACUUUCGCAGUGUGUCGUCAGCGUCUCUGUCGACAGCGGCACUACCUCCUUGGGAGUAUGGAGCACCCCAUGCCGAAACUGCGAAGUCGUCCUCUAACAGAAAAAGGUCAGGUCAUAGUGCGUUACCAACGGAGAAACCAGGACUCGCCGGUGAAAGUCCUAUAACUCGAACACGACUUCGCAGACGAGCGGCUGCACUCUUCCGAGAGCUGGUGAGGGCAGAGGCCUUGCAGCCUGACGCUGCUGAGGCUCUCCGUAUCGCUGUUCAGCGACAACUCUACGACGCGAAAAGCGGCAAGUGCGGAUCUUCAGCUGCUCCUCUCUCGAGUGAAGAAGAGGAACUGAGACACUGCACUUUUCGGCCUCAGAUAAACCACCGAAGUAGUGCACGAAGCUUGCCUCAUGUGCCGUGGUGGCAGCGGCUGUACAAGGGCUACCGAGUUCCAGAGAUGAAGCGAGAGCUACAAGCGCUGCAGGAAAACGUUGCCUUCAUGACUUGUAAAACGGAUGGCCCGACCGAUGUGGAAGACGACGGUGAAGUGGAUCGAGAUGGCGAGUUACUUUGGCAGGAAUCAGCGGUGAAGUGCCGAGGGAGCAGGCGUAGCUGCCGCGGCUACAGUGAACAGAGGAAGCCAGCGAGACGGCAUUCGGGGAGUCCACCAGGGGAAGUUACGCGGCUUUCACGGGGCACAGACUUCAACACCGGACACGAGUAUGUAGAGGUCCAGAGAAGCCUGCAUGAAGUCUGCUACGUCCCCUAUCGGGGGCAAACAACCAUCGGAAUUUCAUCGAAGGAAACUGGAAAACAGCAACGAAAGUGCGUUCGCUUCGCAAGUCCGAGUCGUUCGCCGCAAGCACUGCAUUCAGGACCUUACCACGGGAAAACAGAGACGGCAACCCCAAUUCCAGAGGCCGUGCAGCCCUGCUUCCGUGGUAGCGGAAGACAAGGGACUUCACCGUCGAGGACAGUCGCGCGUUGCCUCACAAGAGGGACCUCUGUUCCUCGCGACAACCUCCGCUCAAAGUCUCCUCAGGGGCGGUUGUCUGUGGCUGGGAGCGCUCCCAGAUAUGCAUGCGCCUUUCACCCCGGGCUUGCUGAAAGGGAGAGUGGCACUGCGGUUGGCGCCGCGAAGGAACCGUACCUGCACCCAAGUUGUUGCCGACAGGGAUCUGCGCAGCGUUCAAGAGUGCCGCCUGCCGCUCUGUAUGGUGUCUCCUGUUCACUGAAGCAACAGGAAGGGUGGUCGGCUUCGAUGGCAGCCCCGAAGAAAAGCUGCCUUAGUAUACGAGGAACCCGGCUGCGUCCGAGAGGAUAUCUGGAAGCGGAGAAGCCGAGAGGGAUCACGAAAGAGCCGUCCCAGUGGACUAAUCACCCGGUAGAGAACUGGACAGAGAAUGAGGUUUUAGGAAGCAGCCUUAGCAGGGAACUACUGAAAACGUAUCUUGGCGGGCGCAAUUUUGUCCCAGGAUGGCUCGAUGUCCGAUAGAGCGCGUAUGGUCCAGUGACAGGUGCAGCACUGCCGCUCUGACAGACAAUGCGGAUAAAGGUGCGA